AAAACAUUUUCGUUGAUUUCUAUGUACGGUUGCUAGUACAGCCAAAACGAAAACAACGAAAACCAUUUGUUCAAAAUUUAGAAAACUGCGGUAAAAUGCCGAUUUCAGUUAAAGAUUACAGAUGGUCUGAGACGAAGGAGCAAAUAUUUAUAUCAGUUCCAUUAAAAGGAGUACGAGCUUCGAAUGUGGAUAUAAUGUGUACUCCAGAGUUUAUAAAAGCAAGCUAUCCCCCGUUCUUGUUUGAGGUUUUGUUGAAUGCUCCCAUUGUUGAUGCUAAAAGUGCUGCGAAAAUUCGCGAUGGUUGUGUAAUAUUUACACUAAUAAAAGAAAUCCCCGAAAUUUGGACUCAGUUGCUUUCGCCUAAUGCUGCUGAUACACAAUUUCAUUUUAAAAAGAAACAAGAAGCAAUUGCAUAUGAUGAAAAAAGAACAAGAACAGCAGUCAUCGAAAAAUCUGAAGUCAAAGAACAAAACAAGAAAUUUGCUCUCAAGAAAAUGAUGCAGCUGGAAGAACAAGAAAGAAGUAAGAUAGAAAGUGAGAAGGAGAAUGAGAGGAUACAAGCCGCAAAUGAACUAAACAAGUGGAAGGAAAAGAAGAAGCAAGAGGCAGAAGAGGAAAAGAUUCGUUUGGUCCAAGAAGAAGAAGAAAAAAAGAGAAUAGAGGAAAGUAGAGCACGGGAGGGAACUUUUACAGAUAACAUAGAGCCACAGAUGGAAAAUAAAAUUACACAGCUGUUUGGUGAUGAUAAAGUUCUUUAUGACACCUCUGAUAAAAAAGAGUUGGAGGAGCAUAAGGUUGCAUCAGUUGCAGUUCCUCCACAGAAAAAGGUUUUAAUAAAACCUGCUUUGGGUCCAAGAAAAAGUGGCAAAAUUUCAAUAACCUUUACACCAAGAGUGUUUCCAACUCCGCAGAGAGAAUCAAAAGUUCAAGAAGAAGAUGAGUGGCUUCAAAAACAAGCGGAUGCAAGGAAGAGAAUGGAUAUUGACAACAAAGAUCUUGCAGAGCAUGAAAAAGAUCCAGAUUGGCUGAAAGAUAAAGGAGCUCAACUGUUCGCAGCUGAAGAUUUUCUGGCUGCAGUCAACGCAUAUAACCUCGCAAUUAAAAUACAAUCGAAAGAUCCGAUUCUGUUCCUUAAUCGAUCCGCCUGUCACUUAAAGUUAAGAAAUCUUUUUAAAACUUCCGAAGAUUGUUCAACUGCAUUGAACUUAAUGCAGCCAGCUGUUGAUGGAAACUCAAAGGGAAGAUUGAAAGCUCACUUGAGACGAGCUGCUGCUUUCUGUGGUUUAGAACUUUAUGUUGAGGCUCUGAUGGACUAUGAAGCCGCUUUAAAAAUUAAUCCACAUAAUGAAAAUAUUCUAAAAGAUGCAAACAAAAUAAGAGAAAUAAUUCAAAGUAGCUGAUUUAUAAAACGACUUGUUGUGUUGUAUAAUUUGACUUUCUGUAGUAUGUUUAUAGUUAUUCAUUUUAUUGAAGCAUUGAAAUACCCUUUGAAAAUCAGUUUACAUUGAAGUUAUUACAACACAUUUAAAUCUCCAUAUAUUUUAAAUGAUUAAAAACAGGUUUUAACACAGCUCAAAUUAUUCUGUGAUUGUAUGUUGUGUUGCAUUAAAAAUAUUUAUAACUGUGUUAUAGCCUAACCUGAAUAACUAAAAAAAUUUUUGUA